AGCAACAGUCAUACCGCUCAUACGCUUUAAUUCCAUGUAACUCAUCGCCAUCACCAUGCUGUGCCCUCUUUUCAGCGAAAAGCCCCGAAAAUUGUUGAUUUAAUAUGGUCCAUUAUUCUCGCGGAAUUUUGAUCCAGCAUGUGGCUGAAAAAUAACCUGAUCGGAUGGCAUGAUAAAGAGGCUUUCUCUAUAAACAGUCCAGACAAAACCGCCUAUCUCAGCCUAUAAUCCCCAUUCUUCUGGCCGGACGAAUCAGCGUGCGGACUGCUGCACCUACGCCCACCCCUUCGCACCGGUGAUUGGCUGUACGGCUCGUUGCUCUGCCCAUUGUCCAGAUUUCUUCGGUCAACAGACAGCAGCGCUUGUGUGCAGUGCUAGGAAUUUUCGCGAAUGCAUUGACUGAAAAAUCUCUCCGUUCUCUCUUUCGAGCGCAUACGCUAUAGCUAUUUUCUAGUUUCUCUGUCUCUGCGCUCUUGACUCGCAUCCCGCGCGCCACAUCAUCGAAAAGCGUCUGACAUUUUCCUCUCGUUUGAUUCUUUCAUCAAAUCGGUUACAAGUUGUGUGGAAAUUUAAAUUCUGAGCCGCAGCCGAUCAGUGUGAAAGAGGUCGAAUUUCAUUGUACUGUUGUGUGCACACGAUCUGUUCAAGCAGCGACAAGGACCUUCUUGACAUUAUUUCAACAAAUCUCCUUCAAACAUGGCUGCCGAUACGCCGGUAAUGGACAGCAGCGUGGUAACGGAGACGGCCACCACAACGGUGGACACCACCACAACGGAGGCACCCAAGACGACGCCGGACGUGGUUCUUCAUCAUUUCGGACGCACGGCGGUGGUGCCCGACGUGUCGCCGUUCGGACUCAAAUUGGAGACCUAUCUGCGCAUGACCAAAGUCAAUUUUGAAAACGAUUUCGCGAAGCCGCAGUCGAGCAAGACGGGCAAAGCGCCGUGGCUGACGUACGCCGGACAGGAUGUGAGCGAUUCAUCCAUGUGCAUUGACUUUUUGAAACUGAAGACCGGACUGGAUCUGAACAGUACGCUGACGCCGAGCGAAAAGGGAAUUAGUCGGGCCUUCCAGAAGCUGGUGGAAGAGGAACUCUACUGGGUGCUGGUGUUAUGGCGCUGGAGCUACGACAAGGAAGAGACCGUGGUCAAGCAGUUCCCGUUCAGCAAACUGAAGGGCCUGAUCCUGCCCAAGAUCAUCCGCAGCCGGUUGAAGGCGCAGGCGCAUGCCCAUGGAAUUGGACGCUUCACGGCCCCGGAAGUGAUGAAGAUGGGCGAGGAUGAUGUGACGGCCAUUGGCGAGUAUCUGGGCAACAAGAAAUAUUUCAUGGGUGACUUGCCGACGGAUAUCGAUUGCAGCCUGUUUGGAUUGUUGGCGCAGUUUCUCUAUGCCAGCACUACUUGCCCAUUGACCGGCUUUAUCAAGGACAAAUACCCGAAUAUUGUGGAAUAUUGCGAUCGCAUGAAAGCGGAAUUCUGGGAGAACUGGGACGCAGUGUGCGCGGUGGCGAUCAAACCGGAGAAAGAGCACAAGAAAGCCGGCCACUCCAAGAGCGUCACGACCAACGAGACCGUAGCGGUGAUGAACGGGAACGGCACGGUCAACGGCCACCACGAGGAGAUCAUUAACGAGCCGCUGGUGCAGUCCGCCGUCAUCACCACGGCCAAUCCGGACGCGGUCUUCGAGGCCAAAACCACCACCAUCACGGUGACGACCACCAGCGACAGCAGUGCUGGCGAUCACGUGGAGACAGUCCAGCAGGAGAUGUACCGUAAGGAGAACGGGAUCGUGGGGGAAGUGCACACGGAAGCGGUGCCGGCCAGUUAGGAGGAGAAUCUGUGCAGCUAUGUGGAUGCGGGAGGCCAUGACGUUUAGUUCUUGUUUUCUUUUGCAAUGGUUUUUUAUAUGUGUAUAAUGCGUUUUUAUGCGGAGCACUUUAGGCUUCUGUUGUAGUGCAUGUAUAUGCGUGGUGUUGCGGGGAUGGAUGUACUGAUGGUCUUUGAUGGUGGCUUUUAUUUUACUUUGUGGCGAUCAUCCUUCAUUGUGGGUUUACAUGUACCGUAUUACAUUACAUACCCGUCUUGCAUGUCGUUCAGCUUUUUUCUAUGCUUUUACACUGGGUUUUUUGUAUGUGGUUUGACCAAUAAAGGACCAAUUCUGUUU